AGGGUGCUCAGCAGAGUGGAGAAGCCUCAGGGUCUUUACCCCAACUUCCUGAGCCCCGUGACGGGGGGCUGGGUGCAGCACCACGUCUCCAUCGGGGGGCUCGGGGACAGCUUUUAUGAAUAUCUCAUCAAAUCGUGGCUGAUGUCAGACAAGAAGGACUCUGAAGCUAAAAAGAUGUAUGAUGAUGCCUUGGAGGCAAUAGAAAAGCAUUUGGUGAAAAAAUCUGCAGGAGGCUUGACCUACAUCGCUGAGUGGAGGGGUGGCAUCCUGGAUCACAAGAUGGGCCACUUGGCCUGCUUCUCUGGGGGCAUGAUAGCCCUGGGGGCCCAGCACGGGCCAGAGGAGAGGAGGCAGAGGCACAUGGAGCUGGCAGCAGAGAUCACCAGCACCUGCCACGAGUCCUACACACGCUCAGACACCAAGCUGGGCCCCGAGGCGUUCCGCUUCGACGCGGGGAGCGAGGCCACGGCCACGCGGCUCAGCGAGCGCUACUACAUCCUGCGGCCCGAGGUGGUGGAGAGCUACAUGUACCUCUGGAGGCUCACCCACGACCCCAAGUACAGGCACUGGGGCUGGGACGUGGUCCAGGCCCUGGAGAAGCACUGCAGGGUGGAAUCUGGCUUCUCUGGCAUCCGGGAUGUUUACACCACCACGCCCACCCACGACAACAUGCAGCAGAGCUUCUUCCUGGCAGAGACCCUCAAGUACCUCUAUCUUCUGUUCUGUGAAGAUGAUGUGCUGUCCCUGGAGGACUGGGUGUUCAACACCGAGGCUCAUCCCCUGCCCAUCAACCACACAGACUUUAAAGCAGCAGUGCAGCCCUGAGGCCCUGCCCAGCUCCUGCUCCCCCAGCCUGGGCAGACUCUGCUUUUCCUUUCCAUUGAAGGAAUUCCUGUUUUUCCUGAAAUGGUGUUUUGGGGCACUAGUCCAAUUCCGGACAGGAUUUUCUUGGGAAGAUGAUCCAUGACUAAGCACCUUCUUUUCCUCUGUGAGGAGCUCUAUAGGCUGAUGAUGAGAUGUUUAUUCUGGGCCAUACUGUACACAGUUCAUAGACAUUCCUUUAUACAGAGAAUUUAUAUGAAAUCCACUGAUUUUGCUUUAUAGUGGCCAAAGGACUGGAAGUUUGCCAUAAAAUAGACUUUACACACACACACACACAUCCUCCUCUCCUUUCUCUGUUUCAUUUCUGCCUUUUAUCUGCUCUUGGAUUUAUCACUUUUCCAGUGAAUAGUUCUCAGUGUUCUGGGCUGGGCUUUGGGGGCUCUUCAGGAUGGGCAGGGGAAUGAGGAAGGGGAGUUGUCCUUGUUGGAAUUCUUGGGGAUAGCUGAGCUCAGGAGUGAAGAGAGGAAGGGAAAGGUGAUGUUUUAGUGGGAAAAUAAAGAGGAUCAGACCCUCCACAGGCAGGAGCAGCCUCAGGUUGGAAUUUGCAGAUUGCAGGC